AUGGAUGGAGGGAGGCGGAGAGGGAGUGAGAGAGGGAUGGAAGGAGGGAGGAAUAGGAGAGGGAGGGAUGGAGGGAGGCGGAGAGGGAGCGAGAGAGGGAUGGAAGGAGGGAGGAGGAAUAUAAAGGAUUAUUGGGUGUGGAGAAAUGUGUGUUCGGAGGUUAGGCUGUUUAGCAGCAGUAUAGGAGUAGUGUAUUUAUUGGGCUGAAACUAUAACGUGAAGAGAAAUACGGUUGUGUGUGUUUCAGUCUGUGUGUCUGUGCGUGGGUCUAAUGUUUGUGUGUUAGCCAGGGUGUCAGAUAAUGAAAUUGCCAGUUGUUGUUAUUGAGUUUAAGAUAUUCAGUGUUGCGAUAUGAAAUGCGAUGUGCUGCAAUGUGUAUUCAAAUUAGUGUUUUGUGAAAAACAUUCGGCAAGGGUCUGUGAAAUUAAACUGAAAUACUCUGAUUAAAUGAAUGCAAAUAAAUGCUGUGUGCGGGCUCCCUCUGUUUUGGAGCCCUGCAGCAGUUGAUAUUUCAUUAAAAUAAUCCGAGUGAACACAGCAAACACAGUCACACAAACAGUCUGACUCACGCUCUACGCCAGGGUUACCCCAGAUUACCUCUGACCUCUCACAACUGUUCUUAGCGGUGACGACGGCAGGGGGAGGAGUGUGUGUGUGUGUGUGUGUGUGUGUGUGUGUGUGUGUGUGUGUGUGUGUGUGUGUGUGUGUUGUGGGUCAGAGUUAUAUAAGACUGUAUGAGGUGGAAGUCAGGUGUGCAUGUGUUCCAAUUUCAUUCUGUGUCCCCUGCUAGGCGAAAGUGCUGGCACAGCAAUGUUCCACAGCUGGGGCUGAACAGUAUACACAGCUUACUUAACCUACAUUUGUUCACCUUGUUUUAAACCUUUCAUUGGCCAGUUAUAACUGAUAAGGUCUCAUUGGCCUGUUAUAACUGAUAAGGUCUCAUUAGCCUGUUAUAACUGGAUAAGGUCUCAUUAGCCUGUUAUAACUGAAUAAGGUCUCAUUAGCCUGUUAUAACUGGAUAAGGUCUCAUUAGCCUGUUAUAACUGGAUAAGGUCUCAUUAGCCUGUUAUAACUAAGGUCUCAUUAGCCUGUUAUAACUGGAUAAGGUCUCAUUAGCCUGUUAUAACUGAAUAAGGUCUCAUUAGCCUGUUAUAACUGAAUAAGGUCUCAUUAGCCUGUUAUAACAGCCUUCCUAACAGUGUUUUCUCUUCUCUCCUCAGAUCACCAGAAGCUGGAACGUGAGGCUCGCAUCUGCCGUCUGCUCAAACAUUCAAACAUAGGUCUGUCUGUCUGUCUGUCUACUUGUUUAAUUUUGAAAUUGAGGAUCAUGAAAAGUCAACAACUAUUUGAGCACAACAGAACUUGAAUGAAUGGGACUUCAAUAAUGCUUAUUUUCCGUUCAAAUCAAAGUUGUUGUUUAAAAAACAAAUGACCAGGAGGACAGAGAACGAAGGUGGGAGAGGGAGGUAGAGAAAAGAUGAGGCCAUACCGAUGAGUCAAUGACAACUUUGUACUGUCUCUUUCAGUUGCAUCUCUCUACCAUCUAUCCCUCAUUCCCUCUCCCUUCUUUCUGGAUGUCUUUCUUCAGUGUCCCAGAUUGCACUGCCCCUCCCUCCUCUCUUCUCACGCUCCCCCCUCAUCUUUCUCUCCUUUUUAUAGUUCUUUCUCAUUCUGUCUCUCUUUCUCUCUCUCUCUCUCUCUCUCCUUCUCAUUUGUCUGAGCUUCAUAUCAACUUUGGACAGAGAGAGAGACAGAUGGAGAGGGAAGAAGAGAUUAUCACUCAUACUGUACUUGCUGCAGGGACGACCUGCUACUUAUUACACAACAAAUGUACCUUUUUACAUAACCUUUAACCCCUAACCUUUAACCUUCAACCCUAAACCCGUCAACACUAAACCCUUAAACAAACCAUACAUUAGGUCAGAUCUAGAAUGCCAAACUAAGUAGCCAUUAACCUGGUGUAUUCCACUGUUAAAUCUCACAAUUCCUCUUCUCCACCCUCACUCUCUUUCUUUCUUUCUGUAGUGAGACUACAUGACAGUAUCUCAGAGGAAGGCUUUCACUACCUUGUCUUUGACCUGUGAGUAUAACACGCACACAUCGACAUUCCAGGCUUGUGAAUGCGCCUCCAUGAAUGAGAUUUCUUUAUAUAUGAUAACAAUCUUGUCCUCCUUCCCAUCCUCUCUCUGUACUUCUAAAGAAAAGGAGAGCUGAGCGAGAGAGACGAGAGAGAGAGAGAGCAGAGAGCUCCGGAGGCUAGCGCAAGGGAGAACGAUCUGGAACCAGGCAAAACAGGCGAGAGUCGAGAUAGAGAGAUCUUCGACGAAAGAGAGCAUCGAUAGAGCUGGAAUAGCGAGCGCACACUGUAAUUCAUCACUCUUCUCAAUCCUCGAUCUCUCUCUCUCUCUCUCUCUCAUCUAUCUCUAUCUCCUCUCUAUCUCUCUCAUCUCUCGGUCCAUCUAUUCUCUCUCUCUUUCUCCUCCCUCGGGACUCUCUACCCUGCUGUCUCUAUCUCUCUCCUCCUUUCUCCCUCCACCUCUCUUCUCUCUCUCUCUUCUCCGCUUCCUAUCUUGUCCUCCUCCUUCUCCCUCCCCCUGUCCUCUCUCUCUCCCUCCUUUCCCCUCCCCUGUCUCUCUCUCUGUCCCUCCCUCCUUCUCCCCUCCCCCUGUCUCUCUCUCUGUCUCUCGGCCUCCCCCCUCCCUCUCUCCCUCCCCCUGUCUCUGUGUCUCUCUAUCUGUCUCUUUCUCUCUGUCUCCCUCUCUCUCAGGGUGACAGGAGGAGAGUUGUUUGAAGACAUCGUUGCUAGGGAGUACUACAGCGAGGCCGAUGCCAGGUGGGCCCUCCCUACUUACUGUUACCAUGGUUACGCAGCUGUGCGGCACAGCGCGGGUCAAAACCGUGGGAGAGUGGCAUGAUUUCGCAUCUUUGCUAACUGGCCUAUCCACAUGGGGUACCUGGGAAGUCUCAAAAGAACAUGGUUACCUAUUGGUCAAAUGCUCAUUAGGGGGUACUUCAGGGCUACUUCAAGCAUAGCAAAAUGUGACAGUAACAAAACAAAGGUUGAGAACCACUAUUGUAGUAAAUCUGUCUCACUACUUUGACAGUCGCUUCCUAUGUCAGACCUGUUGAGCUUUCAGUACAAACCAUACAUGUGUUUAGUGAUGACUGGACAAUUGUUUUUCUCCUCUUCUCCCUCUCCUCUCCAGUCAGUGUAUUAACCAGAUAUUCUCUCCCUCUCCUCUCCAGUCAGUGUAUUAACCAGAUAUUCUCACCCUCUCCUCUCCAGUCAGUGUAUUAACCAGAUAUUCUCACCCUCUCCUCUCCAGUCAGUGUAUUAACCAGAUAUUCUCACCCUCUCCUCUCCAGUCAGUGUAUUAACCAGAUAUUCUCACCCUCUCCUCUCCAGUCAGUGUAUUAACCAGAUAUUCUCACCCUCUCCUCUCCAGUCAGUGUAUUAACCAGAUAUUCUCACCCUCUCCUCUCCAGUCAGUGUAUUAACCAGAUAUUCUCUCCCUCUCCUCUCCAGUCAGUGUAUUAACCAGAUAUUCUCUCCCUCUCCUCUCCAGUCAGUGUAUUAACCAGAUAUUCUCACCCUCUCCUCUCCAGUCAUUGUAUUAACCAGAUAUUCUCACCCUCUCCUCUCCAGUCAUUGUAUUAACCAGAUAUUCUCUCCCUCUCCUCUCCAGUCAGUGUAUUAACCAGAUAUUCUCACCCUCUCCUCUCCAGUCAGUGUAUUAACCAGAUAUUCUCUCCCUCUUCUCUCCAGUCAGUGUAUUAACCAGAUAUUCUCUCCCUCUUCUCUCCAGUCAGUGUAUUAACCAGAUAUUCUCACCCUCUCCUCUCCAGUCAUUGUAUUAACCAGAUAUUCUCACCCUCUCCUCUCCAGUCAUUGUAUUAACCAGAUAUUCUCUCCCUCUCCUCUCCAGUCAUUGUAUUAACCAGAUAUUCUCUCCCUCUCCUCUCCAGUCAUUGUAUUAACCAGAUAUUCUCACCCUCUCCUCUCCAGUCAGUGUAUUAACCAGAUAUUCUCACCCUCUCCUCUCCAGUCAGUGUAUUAACCAGAUCUUGGAGAGUGUUCAACAUAUCCACCAGCAUGACAUCGUCCACAGGGACCUCAAGGUGAGUGGUGUGUGUGUGUGGCCGCCUGUUGCUAUGACUACCACACACACCUCUGCUCGUGGCCAUGGCAACGCACUGCUCUCGUCGCUCCAUCCCUCCCACUACCCGUAGUUUCUCUUGUCCCCUCCCCCUCACACUGUCUCUGUUUCCCCCUCUCUAGCCCUCGUCUUUUCUCACUGCCUCACUUUCUCCUUUUUCACCCUGUCACUCUCCCUCCUUCCAUCUCCUCCCUCUCUGCACAGUCAGUUGAUCACAUGUCUGUCCUUGACCAGAGCUGUGUGCGUCAUCUGCACGUGAGCAGGGAGGGGACAACCUUAUGGUCUACUCUCCCCAAUGGCAAGGAAACAAGAAGGACUCCUAGUCACUGACCACACACACACACGUGUAUACACACACAAACACAUACACACACACACACAGUCCUGACUCCAAAGUAAAGGUGUCCGAGACAAGGGAAGGAGAGAUGAACCCUGGGGUUACCAUGACAACCCCAGUGACAUCACAGUAGCCUGGCUCAGCUGUGAUGUCAUCACAGCAGCCUAACACCUCACAGCUGAUUGGCUGGGAUAUAUAUAUAUUUUUUAAUGAUUCUUAUCAGAUGGGUCUUCCAACGAAACACCAUGAAGACACAUCACUGAAUCUGACUUUGUUUAUGUGACUCUGACUAGAUAGGACACAGAAGUGAAUCGCUUUGACAGAGUCUGAAAGGCAAACAUUGUAUGUAUCUGGUAGGGAUGAGGCUUUUAAAUAAUUUCACUAUUCGAAUAGUAUCAUUUAUUUUUGCCGGAUAUCCAGAAUGCAUGUUUUUUUAGUUUUUUACUGAAUUUUUUUACCUGAGCACUACUGCGCAAGUGAGCGAGGCUGGAGCUCUAUUGCUGCAGCUGCGGAAGGGGCCGUGGGUGACGGAGGGAGGGAGAGAGAGACGCAGUAGCCGACUCAGCUACAGCUAACACUUUUCUUCCUCCCAUAUAAUAGUGCCUGUCUUGACUGGAGUAGUCUAGAGAAGCUAGCCAGAUAUAGCUAGCCAGGUUAAUGCUGCACUUUCUCCCCAACCCUUUCAGAUAAAACAGCCUACCUGUUGGUUGCUUGUUUUAGGCUCAUCCUUCUCAUUUCGCGAACUUUGUAAUUCCAUCUUGCAUUGCAUUGGUGAACUUUCACUCCACUUGCUACACAUUGAGCCUCUUUGCCACUUUGAUUGGCCAACAUAAACAAUGAGCUACACAGGUGAAGGCUACCUGAUGGCUACCAGCCUUUUAAUGGGGCACACGUUGUAGAAAAUAUAUUGAAAAGUUUGUUGUUUUAUUAAAUUAAUCAUUUGAAAUGUCAUGGUGUAUCCUUGUAUGUAACAAUGUUUCAUGGAUAAUUUAAUUGAGAAAAAGCCUUUUCAGUGUUAAAAUAGGCUUAUUAUUUUGAAUAUUCGAAUAACCAUGCACAUCCCUGGUGUCUGAGGAUAGCUGUAUUACCUCUUGUUUGCUGUCUGUCUGAUUUGUUGGCCUUUUAUCCUGAGUAGGCUUUCACACACACACAUGCACGCAUGCACACACACACACACACACACACACACGCAGUACACUUAGCAUGCAGUCUGCAGUGCUGUCUAGAUGACUCCGAAAUGGUUUCCAUGACUACAACCCUAUGUCCAUAUAUGGCCGCAGAGAGAAUUGUAGGAGAGAUGGAGACCCUCACACUGUCAGAUGUGGACAAAUCCAAAACGGAUGCUUAAAUGCAAAAAUAGAGACUAUUUUUUGGGCCGUCAUGAUGCCCGAAAAAGUACAUUGUGCAGAAAAGUGAAUAAAUUAAAGGUGAAAAACAAAACGCAAACGUUUUGGUAUCAAACGAUCAUCAGUGUUAAGAUGAGGACACACGCCAGGCUUCUAUGUAACGUUUUGGUAUCAAACUAUCAUCAGUGUUAAGAUGAGGACACACGCCAGGCUUGUAUUUAACGUUUUGGUAUCAAACUAUCAUCAGUGUUAAGAUGAGGACACACGCCAGGCUUGUAUUUAAUGUUUUGGUAUCAAACUAUCAUCAGUGUUAAGAUGAGGACACACACUAGGCUUGUAUUUAACGUUUUGGUAUCAAACUAUCAUCAGUGUUAAGAUGAGGACACACGCCAGGCUUGUAUUUAACAUUUUGGUAUCAAACUAUCAUCAGUGUUAAGAUGAGGACACACGCCAGGCUUGUAUUUAACGUAUUAAACGUUUUGGUAUCAAACUAUCAUCAGUGUUAAGAUGAGGACACACGCCAGGCUUGUAUUUAACGUAUUAAAUGUUUUGGUAUCAAACUAUCAUCAGUGUUACGAUGAGGACACGCCAGGCUUGUAUUUAACGUAUUAAACGUUUUGGUAUCAAACUAUCAUCAGUGUUACGAUGAGGACACACGCCAGGCUUGUAUUUAACGUAUUAAACGUUUUGGUAUCAAACUAUCAUCAGUGUUAAGAUGAGGACACACGCCAGGCUUGUAUUUAACGUAUUAAACGUUUUGGUAUCAAACUAUCAUCAGUGUUAAGAUGAGGACACACGCCAGGCUUGUAUUUAACGUAUUAAACGUUUUGGUAUCAAACUAUCAUCAGUGUUACGAUGAGGACACGCCAGGCUUGUAUUUAACGUAUUAAACGUUUUGGUAUCAAACUAUCAUCAGUGUUACGAUGAGGACACACGCCAGGCUUGUAUUUAACGUAUUCAACGUUUUGGUAUCAAACUAUCAUCAGUGUUAAGAUGAGGACACGCCAGGCUUGAAUUUAACCUAUUAAACGUUUUGGUAUCAAACUAUCAUCAGUGUUAAGAUGAGGACACACACCAGGCUUGUAUUUAACGUAUUAAACGUUUUGGUAUCAAACUAUCAUCAGUGUUAAGAUGAGGACACGCCAGGCUUGAAUUUAACGUAUUAAACGUUUUGGUAUCAAACUAUCAUCAGUGUUAAGAUGAGGACACACGCCAGGCUUGUAUUUAACGUAUUAAACGUUUUGGUAUCAAACUAUCAUCAGUGUUACGAUGAGGACACACGCCAGGCUUGUAUUUAACGUAUUAAACGUUUUGGUAUCAAACUAUCAUCAGUGUUACGAUGAGGACACACGCCAGACUUGUAUUUGAAGGUUAAUGACAUGCGUCACAUGAUCCAGUGAGUAAAUACAUCCGAUCGUGUAUAUAUACAGUGGGGAGAACAAGUAUUUGAUACACUGCCGAUUUUGCAGGUUUUCCUACUUACAAAGCAUGUAGAGGUCUGUAAUUUUUAUCAUAGGUACACUUCAACUGUGAGAGACAGAAUCUAAAACAAAAAUCCAGAAAAUCACAUUGUAUGAUUUUUAAGUAAUUAAUUUGCAUUUUAUUGCAUGACAUAAGUAUUUGAUCACCUACCAACCAGUAAGAAUUCCGGCUCUCACAGACCUGUUAGUUUUUCUUUAAGAAGCCCUCCUGUUCUCCACUCAUUACCUGUAUUAACUGCACCUGUUUGAACUCGUUACCUGUCUAAAAGACACCUGCCACACACUCAAUCAAACAGACUCCAACCUCUCCACAAUGGCCAAGACCAGAGAGCUGUGUAAGGACAUCAGGGAUAAAAUUGUAGACCUGCACAAGGCUGGGAUUGGCUACAGGACAAUAGGCAAGCAGCUUGGUGAGAAGGCAACAACUGUUGGCGCAAUUAUUAGAAAAUGGAAGAUGUUCAAGAUGACGGUCAAUCACCCUCGGUCUGGGGCUCCAUGCAAGAUCUCACCUCGUGGGGCAUCAAUGAUCAUGAGGAAGGUGAGGGAUCAGCCCAGAAGUACACGGCAGGACCUGGUCAAUGACCUGAAGAGAGCUGGGACCAUAGUCUCAAAGAAAACCAUUAGUAACACACUACGUCGUCAUGGAUUAAAAUCCUGCAGCACACGCAAGGUCCCCCUGCUCAAGCCAGCGCAUGUCCAGGCCCGUCUGAAGUUUGCCAAUGACCAUCUGGAUGAUCCAGAGGAGGAAUGGGAGAAGGUCAUGUGGUCUGAUGAGACAAAAAUAGAGCUUUUUGGUCUAAACUCCACUCGCCGUGUCUGGAGGAAGAAGAAGGAUGAGUACAACCCCAAGAACACCAUCUCAACCAUGAAGCAUGGAUGUGGAAACAUCAUUCUUUGGGGAUGCUUUUCUGCAAAGGGGACAGGAGGACUGCACCGUAUUGAGGGGAGGAUGGAUGGGGCCAUGUAUCGUGAGAUCUUGGCCAACAACCUCCUUCCCUCAAGUACACGGCAGGACCUGGUCAAUGACCUGAAGAGAGCUGGGACCAUAGUCUCAAAGAAAACCAUUAGUAACACACGCAAGGUCCCCCUGCUCAAGCCAGCGCAUGUCCAGGCCCCCCAGCCUGAGCAUUGAAGAUGGGUCGUGGCUGGGUCUGCCAGCAUGACAACGACCCGAAACACACAGCCAGGGCAACUAAGGAGUGGCUCCGUAAGAAGCAUCUCAAGGUCCUGGAGUGGCCUAGCCAGUCUCCAGACCUGAACCCAAUAGAAAAUCUUUGGAGGGAGCUGAAAGUCCGUAUUGCCCAGCGACAGCCCCGAAACCUGAAGGAUCUGGAGAAGGUCUGUAUGGAGGAGUGGGCCAAAAUCCCUGCUGCAGUGUGUGCAAACCUGGUCAAGACCUACAGGAAACGUAUGAUCUCUGUAAUUGCAAACAAAGGUUUCUGUACCAAAUAUUAAGUUCUGCUUUUCUGAUGUAUCAAAUACUUAUGUCAUGCAAUAAAAUGCAAAUUAAUUACUUAAAAAUCAUACAAUGUGAUUUUCUGGAUUUCUUUUUAAAAUUCCGUCUCUCACAGUUGAAGUGUACCUAUGAUAAAAACUACAGACCUCUACAUGCUUUGUAAGUAGGAAAACCUGCAAAAUCGGCAGUGUAUCAAAUACUUGUUCUCCCCACUGUACAUGCAAAUGAGUAGCUAGUACAAUAGAAUGCGUGAUUUAAUUAUAUAAGAGAGAAUUGCGCACACAUCUUUGCUUCUUUCUCUUUCCCAUUCCUUCAUCUCUCUCUCCUUACUCCCCCCUUUUCCCUCUCCCAACUGAAUGUAAGAAUCAUCUUUAUUGACGUGAUAUGCGUGUGUAAAUGUUGCCAUAGCAGAACGGUUUGAAGCACAUACAGAGUUACACAUUGACAAAUGCAUCUCUGUCCCGCUCCCUCUGUUUCUACUUCCCCUGUACACACUUUUCUCCCUCUCUCUGUUUCCACCCCCCCCCCAGCCUGAGAACCUGCUCCUAGCCAGUAAGAUGAAGGGAGCAGCGGUGAAGCUGGCAGACUUUGGCCUGGCCAUCGAGGUGCAGGGAGACCAACAGGCGUGGUUCGGUAAGACCACACACACAUUUGGGUAACAUUCAUCAAACGUUUUAGGUUCCUAGGUUUUAGGUUCCUAGGUUUUAUUUAUUUUAUUUAACAAAGUGAAAGCCAAAACGGUAAAAACGGUGUGCAGGUGAGAUUGGAAGCCCCAAAAAUCCACAAAAAUCUAUACAAGUACAAAAAAAGUUUGUUAAAUCUGUUAAACAAGCACCUUUUUUAUUUAUUUUUUACAGUAAACAAGAAAACAACCAUGUUUGAUUAUGUGUUAGAGCUAGGCUACAUGGAGGGGACUACUGGGUAGUCUGGUUCAUCAGACUGACCCCUGACCCCACUACUGGGUAGUUUGGUUCAUCAGACUGACCCCUGACCCCAAGUCUACUACUGGGUAGUUUGGUUCAUCAGGCUGACCCCUGACCCCUAGUCUACUACUGGGUAGUUUGGUUCAUCAGGCUGACCCCUGACCCCUAGUCUACUACUGGGUAGUUUGGUUCAUCAGACUGACCCCUGACCCCUAGUCUACUACUGGGUAGUCUGGUUCAUCAGGCUGACCCCUGACCCCUAGUCUACUACUGGGUAGUCUGGUUCAUCAGGCUGACCCCUGACCCCUAGUCUACUACUGGGUAGUCUGGUUCAUCAGGCUGACCCCUGACCCCUAGUCUACUACUGGGUAGUUUGGUUCAUCAGACUGACCCCUGACCCCUAGUCUACUACUGGGUAGUCUGGUUCAUCAGGCUGACCCCUGACCCCUAGUCUACUACUGGGUAGUCUGGUUCAUCAGGCUGACCCCUGACCCCUAGUCUACUACUGGGUAGUUUAGUUCAUCAGGCUGACCCCUAGUCUACAACUGGGUAGUCUGGUUCAUCAGACUGACCCCUAGUCUACAACUGGGUAGUCUGGUUCAUCAGACUGACCCCUGACCCCUAGUCUACUACUGGGUAGUCUGGUUCAUCAGACUGACCCCUAGUCUAGUACUGGGUAGUUUGGUUCAUCAGACUGACCCCUAGUCUACUACUGGGUAGUUUGGUUCAUCAGGCUGACCCCUAGUCUACUACUGGGUAGUCUGGUUCAUCAGGCUGACCCCUGACCCCUAGUCUACUACUGGGUAGUCUGGUUCAUCAGACUGACCCCUAGUCUACUACUGGGUAGUCUGGUUCAUCAGGCUGACCCCUGACCCCUAGUCUACUACUGGGUAGUCUGGUUCAUCAGACUGACCCCUAGUCUAUACUGGGUAAGUUGGGUUUUCAGGCUGACCCUGAACCCCCAGUUUCUACAUGGGUAGUCUGGUUCAUCAGACUGACCCCCGACCCCUAGUCUACUACUGGGUAGUUUGGUUCAUCAGGCUGACCCCUGACCCCUAGUUAUACUGGGUAGUCUGGUUCAUCAGACUGACCCCCAGUUACUACUGGGUAGUUUGGUUAAACAGGCUGACCCUUCCCCUAGUCUCUACUGGGUAGUUGGUUUAUUAGGCUGACCCCUGACCCCUAUACAAAUGGGUAGUUUGGUUCUCAACUUUAAACCCCCCGUCUACUACUGGGGAGUCUGGUUAUCAGCUGACCUGACCCUAGUCUACACUGGGUAGUCUGGUUCAUCAGACUGACCCCUGACCCUAGUCUACUACGGGUGAUUUGGUUUAUCAGACGGACCCCCGACCCUAUCUAAUACGGGGAGGGUUUGGUUCAAUCAAGGCUGCCCCCCGACCCAGUACUACUGGGGAGGGCGGUUCAUCAGGCGCCCCUGACCCCUAGUCUAUACUGGGUAGUCUGGUUCAUCAGACUGACCCCCCUAGUCAUAGGGGUUUAUUUUGGAUGGGAUGACCCCUAAGUCUAAACUGGGUAUUGGGUCAUCAGCUGACCCUAGCUACUAUGGGUAGUUUGGUUAAUUAGGGUGCCCCCUGCCCCCUUUAUCUUCUUUAGGCCCCGUUUGGUCAUCAGACUGACCUGACCCUGUCCCCCUAAAUAUGGGUGUUUGGUUCUUUAGACUGCCCCCUGACCCCUAGUUAUAUACGGUAGUUGUCAUUAGACGACCCUGACCCAGUUACAAAUGGGUAGCUGGUCACAGCUGACCCUGACCCUAGUUACUACUGGGUAGUUUGGUACGGGCGGGACCCUGAACCAAAGUCUACACGGGGUAGUCUGGUCAUCAGGACUGACCCCCCUAGUCUAACGGGGAGUCUGGUUAUCAGAUGACCCCUAGUCUCUACUGGGUAGUUGGUUUCAUCGGGACGCCCCCUGUCUACGCUUGAAGUUAUUGAGGGAUGAUGUUGUUUUGGCAAUGUGAGAAGGAAUUCCAAAGUAGGAACCUCUUUAUUAAAGAGAAUGCUAUGUGAGAUGGGGCCCAGGGGGAGGGUGAAGGUUAUCGCAGUGUCAUGUUGUAUGCAUGGAUUUGGGAAUUAACCUGGAAGAAUCCAUUGAAGGGUUUAGAUGAAGGCGCAUAAUUGGAGUAUAUUAAUGUUGUAGAUUGACAAUAUAUUGAGUUUCUUAAACAGACUAGUGGCUAGUCUUGCAAAUGUAUUUUGUGUGAUGAGUAAUUUGUGUAUGUAGGAAGCAUAUGUACUGGCUCAGACAAUAUUACAAUAAAUGAGAUUUGGGUAUCUUAAGCUUGUAGUAUAGAGUUAGGAAGCGAGCCUGAUGAACCAAAUCACUAAUCUUUCUGAUGAUACCAAACAGACUUCCCCACUUUGCUGCAGACAAAGUGAAUAUGAUCUUUCCAGGACAAUGUAAGUCUAAAACCAUUCUGUUUUUUCUGUCGGGCAGGUUUUGCGGGCACCCCUGGCUACCUGUCCCCUGAGGUCCUUAGGAAGGACGCUUACGGCAAGCCUGUGGACAUAUGGGCCUGUGGUGAGUCUUUAACCUUUAACCUCUUAACUGUAGACCACUGCACCACGGCAAUCUAAAUAACCAUCUAGUGACUACUGGGUAAUGUGUGUCACCAUCCCAUUCCUUAGGAGAGGCCAUGGUGCAGUGGUCAUACAUCUUAGACAAGGGUUUACGGAAAAUCUAACAAAUCUGAACUCUGUCUCUUCUCUUCUAUCUCUCUCUCUCUUCUAUCUUAUUUAUAUCUCUGGGCUUUAUAUUAUAGCUCUUGCUAUGUUAUAUCUCUCUCUCUUUGAUUUUUCUCUUUCUUUUCUCUCUCUUCUAUCUUUUCUAUGCUUUCUCUUUUUUUUCCUUUUCCUCUCUCUUUGCUUUAUUCUGUUCUCUCUCUUUUCUUGCUCUCUUCUCUCUAUCUCAUUUUCUUGAAAUAUAUUAUAUUCAUUAUAUGAAUUCUUUUCUUUAUUCUCUCUUCUUCUCUCUAGCUUGUUCUUUAUGUUCUCUCCCCUUCUCUCUCUUUUCUCUCUCUUCUUCUCUCUGCAAAUUUCUCUGUCUCUUUAUUGUUCUCUUUUCCCGCCUUUUUCUCUAUCUUCUUGUCUCUCUCUCUCUGUCUUUUCUCUUUUGUCUCUCUCUCUCUCUUUUGUCUCUCUUCUGUUUUUAUCUUGUCUCUCUCUCUAUUUCUCUUAGUUUAUUCUUAUAUAUUGUUUGGUCUAUCCUCCCUUUUGGAUUGAAACCAACAAACUCUACAAGAUCAACUGGUGCUCCUUUUUAUGGAGUUUGUGUUUUUUUUGGUGUUUCGUAAUAUUUGGUUGGUGGGCUGGUGGGUUUUUAUUAUGGAGAUUGAAAGCCACCCCCAGAAACGAUCCAUAGCCUUCCGAGGGAGGGGGGGUUGGUGUGGUGAGGGGUAUCCUCUCCUUUUCUCUCUAGUAUUCAGGUUACAUAGUUAAUGAAGACUGGUACUGAGACAUUCAAACACACACGUUAACAUUCUGAAUUGUAGGAAGACUGAUUGUUUACAUGAUGUGAAACGUUAAGAAAUACAUUGGUUACGUACCAUAAUGCAAAUCAUGGUACUCCCUUUAUGUCACUCUUCCUGCCUCUCUCUACGCCGUCUCUCUCUCUUCUCCGUUCAUCUCUCAUCUCCUUCUCUCUCUUUCCGUCUCCUUCUCUCAUUCCGUUCUCUCUCUCUCCCGUUCUCUCUAUCUCCGUCUGCUCCUACUCUCUCCGUUCCUCUCUUCUCUCUCCGUACUCUCUCUCUUCUCUCCGGACGUCUCUCUCUCUGCCGUCCUUCUCUCUCUCUCUGUCUCCCUCUCUCUCUCUCUCUCUCUCUCUCUCCGUCUCUCUCUCUCUCUCUCCUCUCUCUCUCUCUCUCUCUCUCCCUAGUUUCCCUCUCCAGAGUGGGACACUGUUACUCCAGAGGCUAAGAACCUUAUUAACCAGAUGUUGACUAUUAACCCUUCCAAGAGAAUCACUGCUGAUCAGGCUCUCAAACACCCAUGGAUCUGCGUAAGCACAUACACACACACAAACACACACACACACACCACACAGUGGCCGUGUCCGAAAUCUGUCUUGCCUACUACUUACUAAAACUACAUACCGUGUACUAAUCGUACUACAUACUAUUUAGAACGUACUGUUUAGUAAAAUGAUUGCAGUAAGCAAAAAAAUCAACAUACUAGACUCAUCCAUACUGAGAAUGUGUAAUCUAAUGCACAAUCAAUCGCGUUGCUUCCUGCCAUUCGUUCAUUUUGAUACAGAGCGUCCCCUCAUCUGAUUAUCAGCUGUUGUCAAACACACGUGGGUCGGAAAAGCUGAAUAUUUUCCUCAAUAGCAUGCAGCGAAUUGUACUACACUGAACAAAAAUAUAAACGCGACACGUGAAGUGAUGGUCCCAUGUUUCAUGAGCUGAAAUAAAAAAUCCCAGAAAUGUUCCAUACGCACAAAAAGCUUUUUUCUCUCAAAUUUGUUGCGCAAAUUGAUUUACAUCACUGUUAGUGAGCAUUUCUCCUUUGCCAAGAUAAUCCAUCCACCUGACAGGUGUGGCAUAUCAAGAAGCUGAUUAAACAGCAUGAUCAUUACACAGGUGCACCUUGUGCUGGGGACAAUAAAAGGCCACUUUAAAAUGUGCAGUUUUGUCACGCAACACAAUGCCACAGAUGUCUCAAAUUUUGAGGCCCCGUGCAAUUGGCAUGCUGACUACAGGAAUGUUCACCAGAGCUGUUGCCAGAGAAUUCAAUGUUCAUUUCUCUACCAUAAACUGCCUCCAACGUUAUUUUAGAGAAUUUGGCAGUACGUCCAACCGGUCUCACAACUGCAGACCACGUGUGUAACCACACCAGCCCAGGACCUCCACAUCUGGCUUCUUCACCUGUGGAUCGUCUGAGGGGGGGUGCGGGUGGUGCUGAGGAGUAUUUCUGUCUGUAAUAAAGCCCUUUUGUGGGGAAAAACUAAUUCUGAUUGGCUGGGCCUGGCUCCCCUGUGGGUGGGCCUGGCUGCCAAGUGGGUGGGCCUAUGCCCUCCUAGGCCCACCCAUGGCUGUGCCCCUGUCCAGUCAUGUGAAAUCCAUAGAUUAGGGCCUAAUGAAUUUGGUUUAAUUGACUGAUUUCCUUAUACUGCAAAAAAAUUCUUUGAAAUUGUUGCAUGUUUAUAUUUUUAGGUAUAGAUGUAAAGCAGAAAUGAGUGUGACAUUCUAGCAUUUAGUGCAUAAUGAAUUUUAGAAAUUUCACCUACUAUAAAACAUUCUAUUUUCGCAUACCAAAAAAGCCUACUAUUUAGAACUGAAGUAUGGGUAUUUGGACAUGGCUGCACACACACACACACACACACACACACACACACACACACACACGGUUUUGUAUAGUGUUUAAUGCUUGUCUCUGUCCCCUCCUAUAGCAACGUUCCACCGUGGCGUCUAUGAUCCACAGACAGGAGACAGUGGAAUGUCUGCGCAAGUUCAAUGCUCGGCGGAAACUCAAGGUACACUACUGCUGCUACCUCCUACGCCUCUCCUCUCUUACACAUCUCCUCCUCUCCCUCCUACACCUACAUCCCCCUAGACCCUCUCCCUAUAUACCUCCCCUAGACCACCUCCUCCCUCCCUAUAUACCUCCCCCUAGACCACCUCCUCCUCCUCCCUAUAUACCUCCCCCUAGACCACCUCAUCCUCUACCUAUAUACAUCCCCUAGACCACCUCAACAUAAUAAAAAACAAUACAUCCAAUAGACAAAUAAAAUAAUAAUAAUCCUCAAGUCCUCAUAAUCGAAGCACCUUGCUCCUUUCCCCCCUCUAUGUAUAUACCUCCCCUAGACACUCUCCUCCUUCCUCACUCUAUACUCCCCCUGAGACCACUCCUCCUCUUCUCCCCUAUAUAACCUCCCUAGACCACCUCCUCCUCCUCCCUAUAACUCCCCCUAGACCACUCCUCCUACCAUAUAUACCUCCCCUAGACCACCUCCUCCUCCCUAUAUACCCCCCCUAGCACCACUUCCUCAUCUUCCCUAAUACAUCCCUCUAGACACCUCCUCUCUCCUCCCUAUUUUUAUACCUCCCCGCUGACCAACCUCUUCUCCUCCCUAAUAUCCCUCCCCUAGAAACACCAUCCCUCCUCUCCCUAUAUACCUCCACCGCACCUAACGAAGACUCCACUAGACCAUCCUCUCCUCCCUAUAUACCUCCCCCUAGACCACCUCCUCCUCCCUAUAUACCUCCCCCUAGACCACCUCUACUCUCUCCCUAUAACUACCCUCCCCCUAGACCACCUCCUCCUCCCUAUAUACCUCCCCCUAGACCACCUCCUCCUCCCUAUAUACUCCCCUAGACCCCACCUCCUACUCUCCCAUAUAACUCCCCCUAGACACCCUCCUCCUCACAUAUACCUCCCCCUAGACCACCUCCUUCCUCCCUACUAUAACUCCCACUAGACCACCCUCCUCCUCCCUAUAUACUCCCCUAGACCACCUCCUCCUCCCUCCUAAUACUCCCCCAGACCACCUCCUCCUCCAUAUAACCUCCCCCUAGACCACCUCCUCCUCCUCCCUAUAUACCUCCCCCUAGUCCUCCUCCUCCUCCCUAUAUACCUCCCCCUAGACCACCUCCUCCCCUCCCUUCCUCCCUAUAUACCUCCCCUAGAACCACCUCCUCCUCCUACCUAUAUACCUCCCCCUAGACCCAACUCCUCCUCCUCCAUAUGACUCCCCCUAGACACCUCCUCCCUAUAUACUCCCCUAGACCACCUCCUCCUUUAGACCUCCCCACCUAGGACCAACGUAUCCCUAUAUAACCUCCCCCUAGACCACCUCCUCCUCCUCCUCCCCUAAUACCUCACCAUAGACCACCGCCCUCCUCCAGAUAUACCUCCCCCUAGACCACCUCCUCCUCCUCCUCCUCCCUAUAUACCUCCCCCUAGACCACAUUUCUAUCAAUAUGUUAUUGGGCCCAUUUCUGGAGGUGAAAAUUAUAUUUUAAGAUGGUGUCAGCAUCAUUUUAUUUUCAUACGUUUUGGAGUGGAAUGUCCUUUUUAAAAAGUCACCAGAACUGAGCUUCUCAGUCCUUCUACAUAAAACCUAAGCAACGGGACUGGAAUUGGUCAAACUCCCAGUUGAAUACAUCCUUCCCUAAAAGCAUGAUGGUCAUGACUAUCUUACAUGAAAGGGGAGGUUAACUUGACCCCAGACAAUCCAUCUGAGAUCGACCCCCCUUACCUCCCCUCAUCCGAUCAUAUCUCUUUAUUACUCAUCCCUUCUCUCUCUCUCUCUCUCUCUCUCUCUCUCUCUCUCUCUCUCUCUCUCUCUGUCUCUCUCUCUCUCUCUCUCUCUGUCUCUCUCUGUCUCUCUGUCUCUCUGUCUCUCUCUCUCUCUCUCUCUCUCUCUCUCUCUCUGUCUCUCUCUCUCUCUCUCUCUCUCUCUCUCUCUCUCUCUCUCUCUCUCUCUCUCUCUCUCUCUCUCUCUCUCUCUCUGUCUCUCUCUCUGUCUCUCUCUCUGUCUCCCUCUCCUAGGGAGCGAUCCUCACCACCAUGCUGGUGUCCAGAAACUUCUCAGGUGGGUGUGUCUCCUCCCCCCCCCUUCUCCCUCGCUCCAGUUACAGAGUGAGGGGGGAGGAGAGAGAGAGGGCUCUACUCUCCCUCCUCCUCCCUGGAGUCUACCUAAUGUAGGUUUUUAGGCCGAGAGGAGGAGGAGGAGGAGUUUGUUUUCAGAACACAAGUUCUGAAGGAGAGGCGUAGGUGAAAGGAGCAGAUGUCAUAAGGUGUCCGUACAAGGAAGUGCUAGAAGGAGGUGUCAUUCUAGAAUGUCAUAUUUCCAGCAGGACUAUGUGUGUACAUUGUGUUUUUAUAUCUAUGUCUCUAACACCUUUCUCCCUCUCUUUGUCGGCUCUGGAGUGUGUGUGUCUGUGUGUGUCUUUGCGUGUGUGUGUGUGUGAGUGUGACAGAGCCCUAGAGGUUGUGUAAGGCUCAGGGUUCCUGUAGUGUGACAGAGAAAGGGCAAUAUUUAAUGCUCUACUUCCCCUCCUUUACUAGCUAAGAUGAUUAGAGGUUAAGACCUGCCCUUAAAGGAAUGGGGGUUUUGCGUCCUAAAUGGGAUCCUACUCCUCGUAUAGUGCACUACUUUUGGCUACUAUAUGGAGAAUAGGGUGUCAUUUGAGAUUGGUCACUGUAUUGGGUUAGGCCAGCCCAGAUUUGCAUAGCUCCUCCCAAUUUAAGUGUCUCUGUCCAAUAGUGGGCCGGCAGCAUACCAACCCUGCUGCUGUGUCCUCCACCGCCUCGCUGGCGCAGGAAGGUACGUCACAGAGACACGCCCUCUUACUUCCUCUGCACACACUUCCUGCUUCCUGUUUAAGCCCCUCCCACGUCAUACUAAAAGGGAGCACCAUGGUCUCUUUAACCUGCUAGCCCCCUUUAGAAGUUAUCUAGCCCCUUUCUCUCCUGCAUGCAGCUCACGCUAGCCUCACAAACACACACACACAGACUCAUGUGAGUACGAGAUGGAUUUUUAAGGAUGAUGCUAAUACCAUGCACACAGGCUAAACACAUCUAAAACUACACAUACUCUGUCAACAAUACCACUCAGCCUCAUAUCAUCAUCAGAAAGCAUCAAUAGCAUAUCAACCCCCCUCCCCACCCUUCUCCUGUGGUUACGGCCAUGAGAGGGGGUUGAGGGGGAAGGGAUUGGGGGGGGGGGGGGGGGGGCGUUGUAUCUGUGGCGACUGACUGACUGGAGGAUGGACAGGAGCGGGAGAGGCACGCUGCCAUCGUCUGACCUGGGGGAGGGGGGGGGGGGGAGACUAAGGUCGGCGAUCCCAUGUGGACUAGGAAACAGUAUACGGUUUAUGAAAGACUGAAAGGGUUGGAUAGGUGCAAGCAAUAUGGAAAAGAUUCCACCCAGCCUAUCAUUGAGCAAAGUGGAGCUACUAUCGGAUUAUUUACACCUAUCAAAUAUUUUCAGAUCUACAGGUGUCUUUAGGAGGUUUAAGUAGUGUUGAAACAAUAACAAGGGGCGGGAGUUAGUCUCCCCUGAGCGUGCGAUUGGUGCUCUGUGGUUCUGCAUGAGGGUGAUUGACAGAAGCGUACGGUAGAGCCCUUCAAUCACAGGGCUCUCCUCUGAGAGCGGACCAAUCGCCUGCCAGUAAGUCCUGACGUCGGAUGAGAUCGCCCCCCGUAAAAGGCAUCUGCAGCUUAGCCUUUCCGCAAUGACAUCACUGCUUGCCCCUCCCCUCCGCUGUGUAUGGCUGAGGCAGACUCAGCUCUCUGCUUAUGAUGCGCUCUCUUCCCCAAUCACAUCGUCACACUGUAGCACAGAAAAGUGUGACGAAUUGUAGUCAAUACAAGAUGUCAAGUGUGAACAAUGUGGAUGUGUUGCCUUGCUGCAUGUGGACUUGUAUUCCCUAUACUCUGUUUCCCUUCCCAUCUCCCUGAAGUGUGCACUCGUUCACUUUCCCUCCUAGAUGUGAAAGGAUUGGACUGGUAUGAAUGCACACUAAAGGAAGAACAGGGAGAAACGGGAUUGGACAAUUGAAAGUUACUCCUCCCUUCGUGUCUUUCUCAAAAUAGCCACUGUUCUAAGGUGACUGGAAAGGUGAAUGUUCUUAUGUGGUGACCAUGUUCCAACUACAUUGCAGAGGCCUGCCAGCUCUCAGGUGUUUAACAGGCGAUGACGUGGCAUGAAGCCAUUGGUUGUUGCAAUAAAACAUCUGUAAUGUAGUCGGCCUGGAACGCGACCGAUACGUCCGACCUCGAUUAUUUUGAGGAAGUUAGGGGAGGAAACAUUUUGAGGGUGUUAGAAUGGGUUCCAUGCUAGCCCGCCCCGUGGGCAGCUGGGUUGAAGAGGUGGCAGGGGUCAAUGGUUAGCCAAUCAGGGCAUGGCUCUGUCCCGCUGUUUGCUGAAUGGAAGCUAUGCACCUUGGGAACUGUAGUUGAUGUGGAUGCUGCAUGGCUGGUCCGUUGUGUGUUCCAGCCGUUCCUCUGCAUGACGUAAAGCGCAUGGCGUGGGAACAGCUCUGAUCAAGGCUCCAACCCCGAGUCGGAGCAUGCUCAGUCUGCUCUGCCCGCCGCUCCACUAGGGAGCAACAGUGUCCCUGUAACAGCCAAUACCACCACACUGCACAGUAAGAACGAACCACCACAGACAACUGAAGGAUGCCUGCUGCCUAAAACAUCUCUUUCACUCUCUCUCUCUCUCUCUCUCUCUCUCUCUCUCUCCAUCUCUUUUCUUCCUCCUCUCUCCAACUUGUUAACGGAAGGUAAGCAACCCCAAGAGAAUGCAUGCAUCCCAGCAUUGUGUGCUCCAGUAACACAUUAAAAGCAGUGGCGACAGCAGCAGAGUGAAGAGCUUUAGAUGAGGCCAGAGUGAGAGGGCUGGCUGGCUGACUGGCUGGCUGGUUGACUGGCUGGCUGACUGGCUGGCUGACUGGCUGGCUGGUUGACUGGCUGGUUGACUGGCUGGUUGACUGACUGACUGGAGCCUCCUAAAGGAAGUCAAUAGUUUACAUUAACCUGACUUAACAUCCACCUGUCUCUUCUAAAGCUCUCCCAUUCUCUCCCAUUGUCCCUGAAGUGUGCACUUGUUCAUUUUCCCUGUUCCCUGAAGUGUGCACUUAUUCACUCCCCUUUGUGGAUUAAGAAUGAAUAGGCUGUCUUUGGUGUCAGGAAUAUGGUGGAAAACGCCCUUUCGUCUGUGUUUACACCAAUUCGAUGCGUUUCAAUCCAUGAAGGGGAUGGUUUAUUAAGGGACAACAUUGCAGGAGUGUGUUAAGGAUCAUAUGGAGUGUGUGUUCUUGUGUUGCUUACCUGAUGUGUACAUCAUUACUGACCGUGAAAGAUGCUGAGGCUGCUUGGUGAUAGAGAAAUGUUUGAGGUCAGGCAAGCUCUAUUCGAUCGUUAGUCUGUACACCCUCUUUACAGCCAUGCAAAAGGUUUAGGACUUGGGAUUAUAAGAAAGGGAGGGAUGCGAUGGUAAGGGAAGGAGGUUGAAUAGAGUGGGAAGUCUAGAGAGCGUGCACAGUCGCGGCACAUAUCGCUUAUCGAUCCCGUUCGAUGCGCUGACUCGGCGGACGCUGCGCGGCUGCUAGCGCGGCGGCUGUAAUCGCGGUGCGGACUCGAGGACGCGCGCGACGCGCGCGGCACCGCGCCGAUCCGCGAGCGAGCGCGACCGCGCGCGCGACCGCGCGCGGGGCGCAGCUAGCGAGACGACCCGCGGAGCGCGACCGCGCGGCGCGAAGGGGCGACGCAGCGCGCGAGCGACCGCGCGCGCGCGCGCGACACCGCGAGCGCGCGCGCGCGGCGCCGGCGCGGCGAGACCGCGCGCGCGCGCGCGCGAGCGCGACCGCGCGCGGGGGCGACCGCGCGGCGGCGAGCGACGCGCGCGCGGACCGCGACGCGCGCGCGACGCGAGCGCGCAGCGCGCCGCGCGCGCGCCGAGCGCGGCGCGGACCGCGCGAGCGCGCGCGCGCGCGACCGCGCGCGCGACCGCGCGCGCGCGCGCGCGCGGAACCGCGCGCGCGCGCGGACCGCGGCGCGCGCGCGCGACCGCGCGCGCGACCGCGCGGCGCGCGCGACCGCGCGCGACGCGCGAGCGCGCGCGCGCGCGACCGCGCGCGCGCGGACCGCGCGCGCGCGAGACCGCGCCGCGCGACCGCGAGACCGCGAGCGGACCGCGCGCGGGGCGACCGCGCGCGACGCGCCCCGCGCGCGCGCGACCGCGCGCGCGGCGCGACGCGCGCGUAGCUGCGCGACCGAGCGCGCGGACCGAGCGACGCGCGCGCGACCGCGCGCGGGGUGACCGGGCGCGCGCGCGCGCGCGCGCGACCGCGCGACACGCGCGCGCGCGACGCGCGCGCGACCGAUCGGACCGCGCGCUGAGACGCGCGCCGCGGCGGCGCGCGACCGGACCGCGCGCGGCGACCGCGACGCGACCGAACGCGGCGCAGGCGCGCGCGCGCGACCUGACCGCGAGCACCGGCGCGCGCGGGCGGACCGCGAGCGACCGCAGAGAGCCGCGCGGCGCGACCCCCGCGCGAACAGCGCGCCGGCGGCGCGCGCGCGGACCGGCGCUGUCGCGCAGACACCGAGCAGCGCGCGCGCGACCGGCCGCCGCCGCGCGAACGCGCGACCGCGAUACCGCCCGCGGACCGCGCGACCAGCGCUCUCCCCUACCGUCUCUCGCUACCGCGCUUGACCUCUCUCUCUACUCUCUCUAUCGCGAGACCUCUCUCUCUCUCUCCUAUCUCUCUCUCUACCCUCUCUCUCUACUCUCUUACCUCUAUACCUCCUCUCUACCUCUCUCUCUCUACCUUUCUCUCUCUCGCUACCUCUCUCUCGCUACCUCUCUCUCUCUCUCGCUACCUCUCUCUCGCUACCUCUCUCUCUACCUCUCUCUCUCUACCUCUGUCUCUCUCUCUAGCUCACAGGGGUGGUGAAGAGGUGACUUGAUUUAGUGGAGAAUUAAAGGCUGUUGUAUGUAAAGAGAAGUUAAGAUAUUUCUCUCUUCAGUUACAUUUUGUUAUUUGUGUGUCUCAGCCCACGACCAACAACAACAGUAAGAACAGCAUAGUGAGUGCCAUUAAUGCCAUGAAGGACAACAGCAUGGCCGCCGCACAAAUGGUACAAAACCUUAACCACCUCCUCCUCAUCCUGGUGUUCUCUCUUAGCAACCCAAACCACCUCUCCUUCCCCCGCUCCCUUCAUCGUGUCUCCCAAGAACCCUAACCUCCUCUCCUUCCCCCGCUCCCUUCAUCGUGUCUCCCAAGAACCCUAACCUCCUCUCCUUCCCCAGCUCCCUUCAUCGUGUCUCCCAAGAACCCUAACCUCCUCUCCUUCCCCAGCUCCCUUCAUCGUGUCUCCCAAGAACCCUAACCUCCUCUCCUUCCCCCGCUCCCUUCAUCGUGUCUCCCAAGAACCCUAACCUCCUCUCCUUCCCCCGCUCCCUUCAUCGUGUCUCCCAAGAACCCUAACCUCCUCUCCUUCCCCAGCUCCCUUCAUCGUGUCUCCCAAAGAACCCAACCUCCUCUCCUUCCCCAGCUCCCUUCAUCGUGUCUCCCAAGAACCCCUAACCUCCUCUCCUUCCCCCGCUCCCUUCAUCGUGUCUCCCAAGAACCCUAACCUCCUCUCCUUCCCCCGCUCCCUUUCAUCGUGUCUCCCAAGAACCCCUAACCUCCUCUCCUUCCCCCGCUCCCUUCAUUGUGUCUCCCAAGAACCCUGACCUCCUCUCCUUCCCCGCUCCCUUCAUCGUGUCUCCCAAGAACCCUAACCUCCUCUCCUUCCCCAGCUCCCUUCAUCGUGUCUCCCAAGAACCCUAACCUCCUCUCCUUCCCCCGCUCCCUUCAUCGUGUCUCCCAAGAACCCUAACCUCCUCUCCUUCCCCCGCUCCCUUCAUCGUGUCUCCCAAGAACCCUAACCUCCUCUCCUUCCCCCGCUCCCUUCAUCGUGUCUCCCAAGAACCCUAACCUCCUCUCCUCAGUUCCCCUCAUCCUCGUCUCUUCUCCUAGCACUCUAACCUCCUAGCGACUUAAAGUCCAUGAUCCCUUCCUAGCAACCUAACCUCCAUACUCUUCUCCCGUCUCGUCCUAGUGGUCUUGUCUGUGUGUGCUGGAGUCUGUUUAAGAGUGUUUAAGAUUUGACCCUUCACCCUUCAUGGACCUCUAACCCCAUCCUCCAUCUUAAUAUCAACUCAAACCCUAACCCCCAGGCACUUGUGCAGACGUGUGUUUGUGUGUGACCAAACUGAACUCUAUACUCCCCUUCUCACAGGAAUCUCAGAAUACAGUGGUUUCUGCUGAUGGGAUCAAGGUGAGGGUGUUAGUGUGCAGUUACUGUGGGUCUGAGUCGUAUGUUGUUAACCUAUGUGUUGUUAACCUCUCUGUCUCUCUCUCUCUCUCUCUCUCCUCCCUCUCUGUCUCUGUCUCUGUCUCUCUCUCUCUCUCUCUCUCUCUCUCUCUCUCUCUCUCUCUCUCUCUCUCUCUCUCUCUCUCUCUCCAGGGUUCUACAGAGAGUAGCAACACAAAUGAAGAUGAGGAUAUGAAAGGUAGUAAAGAUUACUCUGUCUUUCCCUCUUUCCCCCUCUCUCCCUCUCUCUCUCUCUCGCCUGCUCUUCUGUCUCUUUUUGCUUGGUUCCCUCUCUUCUUCUCUUUGUGGUCUAACAUAUCGUUUCUGAUAGGAUGACCUGCCUGUGCUAUAUAGCUAGCAGUGUGUGUGUGACUCACCCGUGUGUGUGUGUGUGUGUGUGUUCUAAUUUAGCGGACAGCGUUGUGAUGAUGAGUCAGGGAAGUGCUACAGACGAGAUGCCCUCUCUAUUGACCUCGUCUGACAACUCGCCUGCCAGUAAGUGUUUUCACGGCAACCACAACCUUUUGUGGUCGUCCCUGGCAAUGACCCCCACAAUUCCUGACCUCUGACCUUUGUUUGUUCUGCUUUUCCACCACGUGAACUCCGACCUGUAUGUCUAUCCCUAUUUUUUUCCCCUAGCCUCCAGCAUUAAGAACCUCUCUUCUCUAGCCUCUGUGUUCUUGCUGAGUCCCAAACCAGUCCUUUCCCCUUUUCUCUGGCCUCUCUUCCCUCCAUUGGCGCGUUCACAUGUGCCUCCACCAUAUGCACAAGUGCCCCAAAGCUGAGGGAGUACAAAUUGUCGAGGAUGUAGGGGCUAAUUUGGAUCCUUCGAUAGCCACUUCGACUUCAUACAAAACAAUGAAAGGUGUGCCUUAUUAAAUGCCACCUGCUUUUGUUGGUCUGAUUUUGGAGACUUGACACAUGUAACAGAUAAAAUACCUCCCAACUUAAACGUUAAACUGUUACUUAAACUGUUACUAAGGUUUAUAUCUUGUAAAAUAACAGGGGGGAUUUGUUCAUUUUAAAUGAAUGCUUGUUUUAUUAUUUAAAUGUAUGUGUCCCCAAGUUGAUGGGGUUUAUUAGAUUCUUCACCGAAAGUCACCCUCUGAGUUUCGUUAGCAACACGUGACAACGGAGGGCCCUCCGAGCGAGUUGGUUGGGGCGAGGGGCUGGUUUGGGAUUCAUCCUCUCUCUCCCUCUCUUUCUGUGUCUUCACUGAGUCACAUCUGUGAAGGGAGAUGGUGAAGGGAGAGGGAGUGGGCUCUAAAAUGUGAGACUCUCAUCAUACUAUAGGGAAGAGAGGGCAAGACGAUGACGAUGCAGUCAAGGAGACGCAGGCAGGAGACGAGAAGACGCCUCCUCCCUCUCUCCUUCUCUCUUGCUAUCCCCCACAGCACUGCCCUUAUCUCGCUUCUCCUCUCUCAAAACGCUGCUCUCCUAUUGGCCAGUGCUCUUACAUGCUGUGAGCCAAUGGCAGGCCUCGGUUCUGCUUCUCAAAUUGCUGAUUGGAGAGUCAUCCUUAAUGUGUAUCGUCAGUUUUUAUAGAGAGAAGUGUGUUUCUGCACUGUGGAAUGAAUGGACACGUAGUGUAAUAUCAUGAUAUUUUUAUUUAACCUUUAUUUACCAAGGCAAGUCAGUUAAGAACACAUUCUUAUUUACAAUGAUGGCCUACCAAGAGACAAAAGGCCUCCUGCAGGGAUGGGAGCUGGGAUUAAAAAUAAAAAUAUAGGAAGAAACACACAUCACGACAAGAAUGAUGCAGGAAGUGGAAUGAAGGGACACGUAGUGGAAUAUCAUGAUGCAGAAAGUAGAUUUCUUCCCUGUCCGCUGAGCUGCUCAGAGCCCCUCAAUCCCCCCUAACGGUCUGUCUGUGUCUGUCUGUCCGUCCGUCUGUCUGUUUCAAUGUCUUUGUCAUGAACUAACAUCCAUCAUUACUGUUCCUUCAUGUUGUGUGUAGGAGUGGUAUGCAUGUGUCUAACUGCAUGCUUUGUGUGUGUGUGUGCGUGCGAGUGUGUGUGUUGACCAUGCGUUGUGUGUUCCAGCCGUUCCUCUGCAUGACGUAAAGCGCAUGGCGUGGAACAGCUCUGAUCAAGGCUCCAACCCCGAGUCGGAGCAUGCUCAGUCUGCUCUGCCCGCCGCUCCACUAGGGAGCAACAGUGUCCCUGUAACAGCCAAUACCACCACACUGCACAGUAAGAACACACACACACACACAGAUAUGCACACCACAUAGUAAGAGAAUACACACACACAUGACAGAGUUGAAAGAGGAAAGAGAAAGAGAGAGGGAGGAAAGAGACAGUACAGCUACAGUGGAGGGUAAGAUGUAAAGUCAUUUAGUUCCUAUUUAGCUAGAUCGCUGAACUUCCCUCUCUCUCUCUAGCUCGUAAGCAGGAGAUCAUCAAGAUAACUGAACAGCUGAUCGAAGCCGUGAACAAUGGAGACUUUGAGGCCUACACGUGAGUACAGCUACAUCAUUUCACACGUCUGAUUACUGAAUUACUAACAUUAACCUAAUGUUGUCUCUCUCUCUCCUCUUUUCUCUAUGUUCUUAAUCUCAAUCUAUCUUGAUCUACAUGAGCUCGUAUAAUAUAUAGGUUUUAUACUCUCUCUCUUAAUAUUCUCACUUGUCUAUAUCUGUCUGUUAUUCUAUCUUCUAGUAUAUUAUCUACUUUAGUCUGCUAUCUCUACUCGGGAGAUGAUAAUUAUUCGAGCUACUUUCAUCUUCUAUCCUCUCUGUCUCUUCUCUCUCUCUCUGUCUCUUCUCUCUCUCUCUCUCUCUUCUCUCUCUUCUCUCCUCUCUCCUUCUCUCUCUCUCUGUCUCUCCUCUCUCUCUGUCUCUCCUCUCUCUCUGUCUCUCCUCUCUCUCUGUCUCUUCUCUCUCUCUGUCUCUUCUCACCCCAUCAGGAGGAUCUGUGAUCCAGGUCUGACCUCCUUUGAGCCUGAAGCUCUGGGGAACCUGGUGGAGGGCAUGGACUUCCACAAGUUCUACUUUGAAAACCGUGAGUCUCUUUCGCUAUUUCACAUGCAUGCACACACACUUACAAACCUACAACUAAUUAGUUCAGCAGUGAUCCAAACAUGUUUUAUGUGUGUGUUCCUACAGUGCUGAGUAAGAACAGUAAGCCGGUCCACACCACCCUGCUGAACCCCCACGUUCACCUGAUUGGAGAGGAGGCUGCCUGCAUCGCCUACAUCCGCCUUACGCAAUUCGUCGAUGGCCAGGGCCGCCCCCGCUCCAGCCAAUCGGAGGAGACCAGGGUGUGGCAUCGCCGCGACAGCAAGUGGCUGAACGUCCACUUCCACUGCUCUGGGGCUCCGGCCGCACCACUGCAGUGAUCUGGUACUUACCAACACCCAGAUAUACACACACACACACAGUCUUGUUUAACUAACCUUGUGGGGACACACAAUUGAUUCCCAUUCAAAAUCGUAUAUAUUACCGAACCUUAACCCCAAAACCUAAGCCUAACCUUUAACCCUAAUUCUAUCCCUAACACUAAUUCUAACCUGAACACUAAAUCCCCUAGAAAUAGCAUUAACAAAAUGUCUCCAGUUGGUAACAUUUUUGUUGGUUUCUUAUUGUUGUGGGGACUUCUGGUCCCUACAAGUAUAGUUAAACACACCCACACACACACACUUUUUAGAACUUUCAAAGGAUUAAAGGUUUGCUCCCAUUCGCUCUCUCUCUCUUUCGAUCUCUCUCAGGUGUCCAAACACUCCAGUUGGAGUGUGAGUUUUGGGGCGUGUUUUCGGCUAGUGUGUUUUGGGGGCGUGUCCUCUUUGUGGAUUGGCCCAUGCCAGGAGCCCAGCCGGGCAAGACUGCACCCUCUCGACAACACCAACCAAUCCCGUCUAUCCUUUGAUCCGCUGGGGGCCGGCCGCGUGUGGACUCCGCCCCUGUGGGAUGAUGCAUGCAUCUGA